ACUUGGGGCAAAAACUACUUUUUUUUAGUUUCGUGUUCAGUUGUCUGUUAAAUAUGGGCACGGCUUCUAGCGUUCAGCCUCAGCAGGGCAUGCUCGCAAAUCCCAGAAUGGUUUACACUGACAACCUGUCAAAGAAAACGAAAAAGUCACUAAAGAUAGACACACCUGUCCUGAUUGACUUGAAGCACGGCUCCAUACGGUACAGAUAUGCAAAUGAUGGAAAGUCUGGCAACAUUUCAAAAAGUACAGAGCAGCCAUUUGAGGGAAAAGAAAAGAAGAACAAGGGGCACUACUUCUACCACCCACGUUUAAAUGACUUUAGUGAAAAAGCUGUAGUGGAUAGAGAAGAUCCACAGAAGUUCUUGUACGUGAUGAAAGGUCCCAACAGUGCUAAACAGAAGAAGGUGUUUUAUGUGUACGGACGUAGCUGGGAUGCCCAAGAUGGUCAGCUGGUCAAGCCUACACAGACGGUUGCCAUGGAAAAGGAUCCAAAUUGGCCUAUACGACAAAAUGCUAAUGAUGUUUACUAUAAUCUUACAUUCAUUCCGAUUGUUUCAGUUAAUGACCCCAUCCCUGGGAUACCCAACCGGUACCAAAUGGACUAUGCUGUAAAGAACACAGACACCGUGUUUGAUCUGAAGAAGAGGAUUGCACAUUGUAUCAUCAAAUCUACAAUCAAUGUCCAUGUCUGUUUUGAGUACAGGCUGAUAAGUGACCACCAGGUGAUAUCAGAGCUACUGCUGAGUGAAGAAACACAAGAGGCCCUCGGUGUGCAUCUGACCAUCAUGGAGCGCUAAUCUUGUGAAUCCAGUCGAAACAUGGCGCAGUCAUCUGGCUGACUUUCCUGCUGAUUAUGCAAUAUCCACAUGCGAGGAUCUUAAUUUAUAACCAUUCGUUCCAUGAACCUUUUGCUUUCUUUUCUUUUCUCAUAAUUUAAUAAUUUUAUUUAUUGUUAACAGUAAAGUGAAUCAAUUUUUGUGUUUACCCUUUUGUUAACAAAAUAAAUGAACUUCAAUAAGCACAAUUGUUGAGAAACAGUGUUGACCAAACCAUUCUCAAAAAAAGUACAAAAGGAAGAAUAUUCUUGAUAAAAAAAAUUGCAAAACUUCAUUUUUUAUUCUUACCUAGCAUUCACAAAAUAAAACUUCAACCAAGCUUUAUUUAAAGAUAUUUGUUCAUCUGAAAAGCAAAAAUGAAAUGCAGAAUUAUGGAAAAUUGGCAUUUUUUACAAUUGAGCAUACCAGUACAUGUAUUCCUUAUUUUUAAAAUGUUGAUGAUAAUUUGUUCUGCCUUUUACCGGUAGUUUAAAAAAUAUUAUCAAAGGUGAUAUAUUUUUGAUAGAUUUAUAAAUACCGGCCUGAGGGCACACAAAGGCUGAUAGUGAUUGCCAUUACUUAUCUGUGAUAUUUAUGUUCUUCUGUACACAUGUAUCAGUUCUUAUUUGUAACUAAAAUUGCUUUAAAGGCAGUUUCAGAUUAAUUCAAUUUGAUUUGAAUUAUUUUCCCCUUCAGUGCUUGGCAGGUAUGUGUAUUAGUGUUAAUACACAUACCUGAUGCUUGGUGGUUGAUUAUGUUACUGAUAAAAACAUUAUUAAAUCCAUAUUGUAAAGAAUACAUACAAAGCUGAGAGUUGGAUGACUUUGUUGGUCUGGUGUUGUAUACUACACCGUCUACACGGGCCUAUAUACUAGUAUUUAAUCCUCAAGACCUCUCCCAUAAGCACUGGUGUUGCCUCUGAUUCUGUCCUCAUUCUUUACUUUUGCUGUUAGUAGUGUUUUUCUGCUUAAAACAUAUUUUUUACAAUAUAUUGAUAUGUUUUCGUGUUCCUAAAGCUGCAUUUAUUCUUUUACUAUAAUUAUGUAAAUUUUAGUUAGUGUGUGCAUGCUACACUGUGGUCUUUUGAUUCAUCCAUAUUGUAUAUAUAUGCGUAGUUUGGUUUAGGUAAUGUUGACAUGUUUAGUUGAGUGAGAGCUCACCCCUGACACCAAUCUUACGAUCCCUUGAUUUCUGUCCGUAGAUGGUUUCAUAAAUUGAACCUAAUUGUCUGAUGUAGUUCAGGGACCUAAACAUGUGUUUGUAUAGGUCCCUGUGUAGUUCAACCAGUUUCCUCGAUGCGUUUAAAUGAAUAUAAACGUGUCCCAAAAGUAACAAUUGAAUUGCAUGCACUUGCUUCAGGACACUUUUUUAAGAGAAUUUCUGUAAUGAAACCAGAGUGGAAGAUUAUGAAUAACCUUCAUUACAUUAUUUUUAUGUUUUUACGCAUACAUUUUUUUGGUGUUGGGACCGAAUAGACAUUUACUCUUUAUAUACAUACAAUUGUAGUUUUACACAUUUUAUGUGUGCAUUUAUAAUAUUUUCUAUUGGUUUUAUCGCCAUGCUUCUUUGUUUGGAAUUUCUUUAAAUUAACCUGUAUAAAAUAUGCAUUUGGAUGGUAUGAGAGCUGGUCUCUUAAAGCAUUUUAAUGUGUACGUUGUUACUAAUAAAUAAUAGUUAUGUUACUAAUAAAUAAUGGUUAAGCCUU